AUAGUCUAUUCCGCCGAAUAUAAUGAUAGAAAUUACCGGACACCGAUAGUCUUCUUUCUUUUUAUGAACAUAGAGCUUGAUCGCACUUAAAGUUCUAAAUAAUGGCUCCUAGAAAAGGGAAAGUCCAGAAAGAAGAGCAAGUAAUUGCAUUAGGUCCACAGGUAGCUGAUGGCGAAAAUGUUUUUGGAGUUGCUCAUAUAUUUGCUUCGUUCAAUGACACAUUUGUUCAUGUAACUGAUCUUUCUGGAAAAGAAACAAUUGUUCGUGUGACUGGAGGCAUGAAGGUUAAAGCUGAUAGAGAUGAAUCUUCGCCUUACGCUGCUAUGUUAGCUGCACAAGAUGUUGCUGUUCGUUGUAAGGAACUUGGUAUUACUGCUCUUCAUGUUAAGUUAAGGGCUACUGGUGGAAAUAGAACUAAAACACCUGGUCCUGGUGCACAAUCUGCUUUACGUGCUUUAGCUCGUGCUGGAAUGAAAAUCGGCAGAAUAGAGGAUGUAACACCUAUUCCUUCAGACAGCACUAGAAGAAAGGGUGGUCGCCGCGGAAGACGUUUAUAAUUAAGAAAUAUAUCGACUUGCAACAA